GCCUCCUCUCCGGGGUCCCGGCUCCGACUCCCGACACGCCCAGARCGCGGGGGGCAGUGGUCAGCGCGCUGACCACGGCCGCGGCAGCUCAGCCUCCGGGCCACGCGGGCGAGGGCUGCGGGAGGCGGGGCGGCCGGGCCGGGGGCGGAGCGGCGGCCGCAGCCGAGAGYCCGCCCCCCGCUCGCCCUCCGCCGGCCGGCUGGCGCGGCCAUGGAGGUCUACAUCCCGUCCUUUCGCUACGAGGAGAGUGACCUGGAGCGGGGAUACACGGUCUUUAAGAUAGAAGUGCUAAUGAAUGGAAGAAAACAUUUUGUUGAAAAAAGGUACAGCGAAUUUCAUGCCUUGCACAAAAAGCUUAAGAAAUGUAUAAAAACUCCAGAAAUCCCUUCUAAACAUGUCAGAAACUGGGUCCCAAAAGUUUUGGAACAGCGACGACAAGGUUUGGAAACAUAUUUACAGGCUGUCAUUUUAGAAAAUGAAGAACUUCCCAAACUCUUUCUUGAUUUCCUAAAUGUGAGACACUUGCCCUCUCUACCAAAGGCAGAAAGUUGUGGAUCUUUUGAUGAGACAGAAUCUGAAGAGUCAAGCAAACUGUCCCACCAGCCGGUGCUGCUGUUCCUCAGGGAUCCAUACGUCUUGCCUGCAGCCAGCGAUUUUCCAAAUGUGGUUAUUGAAGGAGUUCUCCAUGGGAUAUUUUACCCUCAUCUGCAGCCCAGGUAGAAAUCCUACUUGGCUCAAAGAACCUGAAGCAAGUUUUCAAAGUCAUAGUCAAGGAAAUCGAUAUCUACCAAAUUAACCUAAACUCUAUGGCAUAACAGCUCUAGCUAGUGGUAAAAUCCACAGUCCCAGCUUAAUUCAGGGCAGGGACGUUUCCAUUAGAAUGGUGCUUUUAAAAAUAGAAACUGUACCAGGGUGGUGGUCAUGUUAAGGCUGAGUGUUUAAGAAGUAGAAGUAGCUGCCAACUUAGAAACCCAUCAAAGGAGGUCACGGUAGAUUGCUGGGAGCACAGAGUGUCGCCAAAGUUACUCUCUGCUUCAGUCGCACCAUUUACUAAUUGAACAUCAUAUCCUGAAUCAUCCUGAGACUGAUCAGCUUUGGUGGAUUUUUGUUUAGAUCUCAUGACACACUAAUCUUUUCAUCCUGCAAUUUUCUUGGCCGGUGAUUGUACAUUCGGAAGUGCUGGCACCAGAAGAACGUCACAGAAACACACUGUGCUGUGAGGAAGGAACCAAACUGGAAAUUAAAUUUUAUUGACAGUAUUAUGACAUUUAAAAAUCAUGGCAUUUUAAUUUAUACUACAGUGGAGUUAUAUCCCGUCCCAGAAGUGAACUUCUAACAGCAGUGCCUAAGAGGAAAUGGCGGGUUAGGACUACCCUUGAAAGCCCUUUAAAAAGGUAUCAUAUUAGAAGUCUGUACACCCACCCCAUCAAGUCUCUUCUCCAGUGUUGGAAGAUAAGAGUGUUCCUUUGAAGACCAAAUUUCAUUGAUGGUGGUGGUUUGGGGGCAAUUGUGUUA